AUGGAGCGGUUACGUUGGCGGGUGGCGGCUGUGGCGACCGUGGGUCUCGCGCUGACUCUGGAGGCGCUGCCCUCCGUGCUGCGCUGGCUGCGGGCCUGGCGACGGCGAGGGUGGCGGAGUUCUCUGCGGCGCGAGGUGCUCUUCUUCCCGUCGCAGGUGACCUGCACCGAGGCUCUGCUGCAGGCCCCGAGCGAGGGGCCGUCGGGGCCGCCAGCGGACUGCCAGUGCAGCCUGCCCCACGGCGAGAGCUCGCUCAGCCGCCUGCUGAGCGCCCUGUUGGCCGCCCGCGCCAGCCUGGAGCUCUGCCUCUUUGCCUUCUCCAGCCCGCAAUUGGGGCGCGCAGUGCAGCUGCUUCACCAGCGCGGGGUGCGCGUCCGGGUCAUCACCGACUGCGACUACAUGGCCCUCAACGGUUCGCAGAUCGGCCUGCUCCGCAAGGCAGGCAUCCAGGUGCGACACGAUCAGGACCUGGGCUACAUGCAUCACAAGUUUGCCAUAGUGGACAAGAAGGUGCUGAUCACGGGCUCCCUCAACUGGACCACUCAAGCCAUUCAGAACAAUAGAGAAAAUGUUUUGAUUAUGGAGGAUGAAGAGUAUGUGAGGCUUUUUCUGGAAGAAUUUGAGCGUAUCUGGGAAGAGUUUAAUCCUACAAAGUAUACCUUUUUCCCACAAAAGAAGAGGAAUCACUGA